ACAGUUUACUUGUCGAACUAUUGCACGUGUUCCCAGGCCAUGGCGACACUGGUUUCUAUCCAAGACCGUCCCAAGAGGGAGUUGAAGGUACUUUCAUUAGGGAUGACACGCACAGCAUCAGGAACUCAAGCACUCGGAAUUUUGGGUUACAAAGGUGUGCAUCACGGAAUCCAAGGCAUCAGCUCGCCGCUCGAGUGGCAGGUCUUUAACAAAGCCUGCGAUGCUUUCUACCCGACGCUACCGACCUAUACGGGCGCUUCUUUUACGCGUGAGGACUGGGAGGUCUGCUUUGGUCCGUACGAGGGUGUCACCGACAUGGGCACCUUUUUUGCCAAGCAACUCAUCGAGGCCUACCCUGAGGCGAAAGUCAUACUUGUGGAGCGCGACAUUGAAGACUGGUACCAGAGCAUGGUGGCGGCCAUUUUCAGCACGACGUGGGGACUGCGCGCAGAUGUGGUGAUCAAUUUGCUUGGGCCGCUGUACGGGCUCAACGGCGGCAAAACGAUUCGCAAGAUCAUGCUGGGAUUCUACGGUGUGAAGAAUGUAGACGAAAUGCGCCGUGUCGCCCGGGAUCGAUACAGGCAGCACUACGCUGAGAUUCGUGCUGCGGUACCCGAGGAGCGGUUGCUCAAUUUUCGCUUGGAGGAUGGGUGGGCGCCGCUAUGUGAGUUUUUGGGUAAAGAGGUGCCAGGUUUGCCAUUUCCCGUGAAGAACAAAAGAGAAGAACACGUGGAUAGAGUGAGACGGAAGCAAAACAUGUUCUUUAAACACGUUGCAAAGAGAUUCGCGGUGAACGCUGUGACUUGCGCUAUUGGUGUUGGAGUCGUCAGUCUGGUUCUCUGGAGGUACAGAUCGGUUGCGCCGUAA